GUCUGCAUCUUUAAUUCAAUUUAUUUCAUCAGAUCAAAAAGCAACGACUCUCUCAAGACGAAGAUAAGCUAAAUCAAUGGAUUCGUUUUCUUCCUUCGUCGAUUCGCAAUCCUCCUCUCGUAACAGAUGGAGUUAUGAUUCGCUCAAGAAUUUCCGCCAGAUUUCUCCCGUUGUUCAAACACAUCUUAAACAGGUGUAUCUCUCUCUAUGUUGCGCAUUGCUGGCAUCGGCAGUUGGUGUUUAUCUCCACAUUCUUUGGAACGUGGGUGGAAUUCUCACUCUUCUUGGAUGCAUGGGCUGCAUCUUUUGGCUGCUAGCUACUCCAUUUCACCAAGAGAAAAAGAAAGUAUCCCUUCUCAUGGCAGUUGCGCUCCUUGAAGGAGCCUCGAUUGGUCCUCUGGUUAAACUGGCCAUUGAAUUUGACCCAAGCAUUUUGGUUAGUGCUUUUGUUGGUUGUUCUCUGGCCUUUGGUUGUUUUUCUGGAGCUGCAAUGGUUGCUAGGCGUAGAGAGUACUUGUACCUUGGUGGUCUGCUUUCUUCCGGUCUCUCCAUCCUACUUUGGUUGCACGUUGCAUCCUCAAUUUUCGGUGGUUCCAUGGCCCUAUUCAAAUUUGAGUUGUAUUUUGGACUGUUGGUGUUUGUGGGCUACAUCGUAGUUGAUACCCAGGAUAUAAUUGAGAAAGCACACUUGGGAGACCUGGACUAUGUGAAUCAUUCUCUUACCUUGUUUACUGAUUUUGUUGGUGUCUUUGUACGAGUUCUUAUCAUUAUGUUGAAGAAUGCAUCUGAGAAAGAAGAAAAGAAGAAGAAGAGGAGGGACUGAGUUAUCCCGAAAUUGGAGAGAAGAUGAACAGGGUUCUUCUUGGAAAUAACACUUGUCUAUAAAACUUGGUGUUUUUUGGUUGGUAAAUUAGGUUACUACUUAGUUCUGCGUCCAGUACAUUGAAAUGGUUUAUGGAUACUUGACUUUUGAUGAUGGAUUAUGUUUGGUUUUGAAA